GUGCUGCUGGGUGUCGGUGUUCUCGUGCCUCAGCCUGGCCUGCUCCUACGUGGGCAGCCUCUACGUCUGGAAGAGCGAGCUGCCCAGGGACCACCCCGCCGUCAUCAAGCGGCGCUUCACUAGUGUCCUGGUGGUGUCCAGCCUGUCGCCCCUCUGCGUGCUACUCUGGAGGGAGCUCACAGGCAUCCAGCCAGGCACAUCCCUGCUCACCUUGAUGGGCUUCAGACUGGAGGGCAUUUUCCCAGCAGCGCUGCUGCCCCUGCUGCUGACCAUGAUCCUUUUCUUGGGCCCACUGAUGCAGCUCUCUAUGGAUUGCCCCUGUGACCUGGCCGAUGGGCUGAAGGUUGUCCUUGCACCCCGCUCCUGGGCCCGCUGCCUCUCAGACAUGCGUUGGCUGCGGAACCAAGUGAUAGCGCCACUGACAGAAGAGCUGGUGUUCCGAGCCUGCAUGCUGCCCAUGCUGGCCCCGUGCACCGGCCUGGGCCCGGCUGUGCUCACCUGCCCACUAUUCUUCGGAGUUGCCCAUUUCCACCACAUCAUCGAGCAGCUACGUUUCCGCCAGAGCAGUGUGGGGAGCAUCUUCCUGUCUGCGGGUGUGGUCACCUGGCCUCCGUCUCCAGCGUUCCAGUUCUCCUACACCGUCGUCUUCGGUGCCUACACAGCUUUCCUCUUCAUCCGCACAGGACACCUGAUCGGCCCCGUCCUCUGCCACUCCUUCUGCAAUUACAUGGGCUUCCCUGCUGUGUGGGCUGCCCUGGAGCACCCGCAGCGGCGACCCCUGCUGGCUGGCUACGCCCUGGGUGUAGGACUCUUCCUGCUCUUGCUGCAGCCUCUCACGGACCCCAAGCUCUACGGCAGCCUGCCCCUGUGUGUGCUCCUGGAGCGGGCUGGGGACUCAGAGGCCCCCCUGUGCUCCUGACCCGAGCUGCUGCUUAACGAUUCACGGACGCUAACGGGCUCCCAGCCCCUCCCUGCCAAGAGGCCCCGCAGGACUGGGGCGGCUGGGGUCCCCGAGAUCUCAGGAAUUUUUGUAGGGGAUCAAAGCCAGAGCUAGUUGACUCCCAGGGACCAAGAGAAGGAGAUGUCCUCAAGCUCAGCCCUGCCCAGAGGGGCCAAGAGACAGCUGGGGUGAGGGGACGGGCAGGUCCCAAAGCCAUGCCCCCUCACUUGGACUCCUUCUCUGAGGCCCUCUGCUCCCGCGGCCUCAGAAAAGCUGCUUGGGGGUAGAACCUGUGGCCCCCACCACCACCUGCCCAGGGUUUUCUCAUUCUUUUUGCAUCAGGACUUUGUACUGGGAUAUUAAAGAGAUUUAACUUGGGUAA